AUGUCUGCAACAGCAGAUCCAGUGUUCCAGCGACGCAACAAACAGAUACAAGAGGCCAUUGACUCUCAUAACCUGAAGCAGGCUUUACAGCUUAUUGAUAAGAGGAUCAAAAAGGGCGAGGAUACGAGGUUUCUAAGAGCUUGGAAAGCGCACAUUCUCUUCCUACACCCCGAUCAAACACAUUCACGGCAAGGAAUCGCCGCAACGCUCGAGAUAUGCAAACUUGACCCUCCUACCACAGACUUGGACACCAUAGACUUAUUGAACUCAACUCUGAACUCGAUAAAAGGUCAUGAGGAUACAGCAAGAGGUCUCUGGGAGAAAGCAGCCAAAACAAAGCCUCAGGAUCAUGAAAUUCAGUCUCAAUGGUUUAUCAGGUCGUUCGAAGGGGAAGACUGGAAGUCUGCGCAGAAGGCUGCUAUGAGUCUGAAUGCAAACUUCCCCAAGCAACGAAAGUACUAUCUUUGGGCAAUCUUUCUGUGCCAUCUCUUGGCUGUGAAUUCGAAUUCUUCCGAGUCUGAACGCAAACUCUUUGGGACUCUAGCAUAUCGCAUGAUAUCCAAGGCUGCGGAAAAUGUGCCAGCUGAUCCUAAAGAAUUGUUGAGUCCCCCAAGAGCUAUCCAGACCGCCGAGGAGUUGAUUCUCCUGAUCAAGAUCUUCCAGUCGCAAGGUCGAGAUGAUGAGGCUUUAAAAAUCCUUAAUAGCGAUAACCUGGGGCUGAACUCACGAUUGGUUCAGAACGACUGGUCCUUCAUUCGAGAGAAGUUACUCGCUCUAGAAAGAGCAGAGAAGUGGAUGGAUGGCCUUGGCUAUGCCAAAGAGCUUUUGACUAUGCCAGACGAAGACGAAUCGGCAAAGAAGCUUCUACAAGAAAGAGAUGACUGGGGAGUUUGGAGCCUUCUGUUAGACUCAACCAAGAAGAUGGAUGACAAAAAGACUUGCGAAGAUACAGUAUCGUUCGUUCAGAAAUUCGCCCAACGUUUUCCGAAAUCAAGGAAUGCUCACCUUGCCCGUUUGGAGGUUUCAACAUGGAGAUUGAAAAGCGGUGAACUUGCACAAUCUGACUACCUUGCUGAUCUCCGCAACUUUUAUGAUUCAAAUAGUACCAAGAUGUACUGCUUUGAUGAUAUCCGGAAAUACGCCUCACGCUUAGACCCGACUCAAAUCUUGGAGUUAGUCGAUUAUGCCUUGGAGAAAGCUGCUGGUCAGAAAGAUGUGUCUGUCACUGCUCAACAGAUCACAAUCAUUAACGCCUAUAAGCUCGAUUACUGCUUCAAAGUUUUCUCUGGCCCCUUGUCGUCCAGGAAAAGAGUUGAGGCCUUCGUAUCACGUUGUCUCACAAUGUACCGUGCUAUGAAGAAAGAAGAAGCCACAGACAAGACAAUCGAAAAUCAGCCAAGAGACGAUCUUGGACUACUUGCGGUCACGGCCCUUAUCCGAUUAAAUGACAGUCAAGGGCAGCCUAGUCAGGAAAAGCCUCCUACUGCGGAACUGAUUCGUUCCGCAGCGAUAUUAGAAUAUCUCUGUCAAAACUCGCCACACAAUUAUCAAAUCCUGCUUCUUCUCGUGAGAGUAUACCUCCUUCUCGGUGCAGGCUCAAUUGCCAUGAAAACCUUUAGCAAGCUCUCUGUGAAACAGAUUCAAAACGAAACCGUGGCACACAAUCUAUAUACUCGCAUUGCCACAAUUCAUCCACUCGGAGCGCCACCUAUCGAAGCCGAAUUCAAAGAUUUCAUCCCUGAAGUCGCUCUUUCUCACGCAAUCAACUUUUACGACCAUGCUGACCGAACGGCAACGAGGCAGCGAACAAUGGGAUUGAAUCUUGGAAGCUAUGCCAAUGUUGAAGGUACGAUUGAGCUUCAACAGAGCUUGAGGAAUAGUAUCUGCAGACGCAUGUGGGCUCUCGAAGCACGCCGACUUGAUAGAUUACAAGGAAAAGAUCGAUUUUCUAGAUUCGAUGAUAUCAUUUUAGACGAGUCCGAGGUGGUGGACAAGCGGACGUUUGAUGCUUUCAUGAACUGUGAACCAUUGGGCGCGCCAUCGCUCGAGGAAAGGUUGCGGCUCGGGCCAUUGCCAAAGAAACGCUGGAUCAGUGCGACGGGCAUAAUCGACAAAAUCUGGGGUUUGAAUCACCAACUCUUGUCACAAAAGCCAAUCAAACCAGACACGGCGCUUCCUGACAUUGAGAUUUUGGACAUGUCUGACGUUGUUGAUGAUAUGACAUUAGCUGAGAGGAGCAAUGCCGAAUUCCAUCGUCUACUACUGAAAGCGACCUUGUUACUGUCCGAUUCCAAAUCAGUCGUUGGACAAGAUAUUAACAAGAUUUUCAAUCAGAUGGAAGAAUGGGUUUCGAAGACACUUCAAAGUGUGUCAGAUGAGGCUGAUCUAUUUGCAAACACUACGAUCUCUGUGUCAUCAGAAGGAAACGGCAAGAGGCCGCUGCCUUUUUGGCAAUACCUUCACACUAGCAUCUUGCUUCUAGAGACUCUCAAGGUAUUGUCAUCCACAAUAUCGUUGUUAGAGACAUCGUCGAAGAAAUUACCGAAAUCCGGUACCAAACCCUCCAAGGAAGCAGUGCAAGGUCUCAAAGAAGCAGCAAAUAAACUUCAGGAGCAAAUCAAAUCCAACACGCGAACUUUGAGGUCCAGUGUCAUAGGAUCAGGGGUGCUCGGUGCUUUGACCGACCUGAUAUUUCAGCAGAGCCAAGUCGAAGAGUCGAACGAUACCAACAAUGAGCUUGCAAAUGAACUAGAACAAACGCUGGAUGCGAGUGCUGUGGAGGUCUUUUGCGGAGAGCUCCUAGAAAGCUGGGAAGAGGCACUUGGAGGGGUAUUAUCAAUCAAAUGA